CUCGAAAACGUAUGAAUGUGAAUGCCAACGAAAACGUGACUGGGAACGUAUCGUGCGGAAAAGUGUUACAAAAAUACCACCUAUCGCAUAGCGGUAUCGCCAUGGCGGGCUAAUCGAAUGUAUCUCACAGAUAGUUUUUUGUUGAACAAUGCUACUUUUGGGAUCGCUUAUUACGUAUCUCCUGCUGAAGCUGCAAUCUGUGAAUGCAGAGAUUGCCGACUGCAACUUCUUUGAUACCGUAGAUAUCUCGGAGGGCCAGAGACUCUCGAAUGGAUCAUACCUCUACGAGAACUUACUCGUACCCGCCCAUUUGAUGGAUGUGUAUGAGUUUAAGCUCCUGGCGAACGGGGAAAAGGAGCAGGUGCCCAGUCACGUGAGAGGAUGUGUUUGCAAGCUGAGGACGUGCGUCAGGUUUUGCUGCCCACAUGACCACUUAAUGGAUAAUGGCGGUUGUGUCCCCAACAUGACGGCGGAAGAGCAGGAAGUACUCGACCCCAUUCUUAAUGUGACCCUGGCGGACGGAUCGGUGGUGCAAAGGCACUUUAAAGAUGAUCUCAUAGUGCAGGGGGACCUCCCAGUGCCUCCCUGUCAAAUGUUUGCCCUAGACAACCGCCACAAAUUGGAAGAGUAUACGUUGUUCGAGAAUGGAACUUUUCUGCGCCACCUCGAUCACGUGUAUUUGGACAAGCGGGAGUACUGUCUACAGCACCUUACAUUCCAAGACAUUGAUAGCUACUCCAUUCGCAUUGCAGCCCACAAUUGCGUGAUAGAGCCGAAAAGAAUGGGACAGACUGUUGUAAUGAUCAUAUCGAUGAUAUGUAUACUUCUUGCAAUGGCCGUGUUCCUGGGCGUUAAGAAGCUAAGGAAUUUAUAUGGCAACUGCUUGGUCUGCUACGUGGCGUGCCUGUUUUUCGGCUUCCUCUUCCUACUCCUUAAUCUGUGGCAAUUAUCAGUUAAUUUCUGUCAAACAGCAGGUUACCUGGGAUACUUUUUCGUCAUGGCUGCGUUCUUUUGGCUGUCUGUCAUGAGCUGGCACCUUUGGAAGUUUCUCACCCACAUAACGACUGGGUCAGAUAGUGCGUUCUUGAGAUACAGCUGCUACGCCUGGGGAAUGGCUUUGGCCUUGACCGGAGUCACCUUUCUGGCUGAUAGGGUCAUUGGUUGCGACGAUUGGAGGCCUAACAUGGGCAACGCUGGCCAUUGCUGGAUCUCUACUUAUACCUGGUCUGCAAUGCUGUACUUCUAUGGACCGAUGGUGAUCAUCCUUCUCUUCAACAUCACUAUGUUUAUCCUGACGGCUAAGCAUUUCAUCGGCACGAAGCUGGCUGUUAGGAAAUGUUCUUCUCAGGAUGGCCUAAAGCAGGACCAAAUAAAUUACCUACAAUUGCUGUCGCUCUUCACCUUAAUGGGGAUAUCGUGGAGCAUUGAGAUAUUCACCUACUUGACUCAAGACGAUAAUCUAUGGGUAAAUGUUGUCGGUAACUACUUCAACUGGUCCCAAGGCAUCAUUAUAUUUGUGCUAUUUAUUCUGAAGCCCAAAACUCUGAGACUAUUAAAGGAACAAAUAUUUCCCCAAAAGAAAGGCCACCCUAUACAAUUAACAGCACCUCAGCAAAGUGUGUGUUCGGAAUACAUCCCUAACCAGUCUAGGAUCUCCAUGAAACUAUAAGCUUAUUUAAACUAAAAAAAAAACUAAAAUUAUAAUAUUUUUUUUAUGAGGUACAUCCGGACUCGAUAUUUUGUUUGUUUUUUGUAUACUUCUAAAAAGUAUUUUCAUAUUUUACCAGUCGUUUUUUUAAGUCAAGAUAUUGCAAUCUAAACUUUGAGCCGAGAAUGAGUUCAUUUCCAUUGCUUAUCAUUUUAUAGCGUAAUUCGGUAUAGUGGUUGUUUCCAGUAAGUUGUUGUAUGAGUAAGUGAGUAAAGAUAAGA